AGGUAUGCUAGGUAAUCCGCAGCCAUUCAACAAUUUUUGUGCUCAUUUCUCAGUGAAGUGAAGGAAAAAUAUAAAUGGAAUCAUCAAUUCACACGCCAAAGCCUCAUGCUGUGUGUGUACCGAUUCCAGCUCAAGGCCAUGUGAACCCGUUCAUGCAACUCGCCAAACUCCUACGUUGCAGUGGUUUCCACAUAACAUUUGUCAACACUGAGUUUAACCACAAUCGUUUGAUCAGGUCUCUUGGACAAGAAUUUGUGAAGGGACUACCGGAUUUUCGAUUUGAGAGCAUACCGGAUGGUUUGCCACCAUCAGAGAAGGACGCUACUCAGGAUCUUCCACCACUUUGUGAUUCAAUUAGAAAGAAUUGUUAUGCACCUUUCAAAGAGUUGGUGAAGAGGCUUAACUCUUCUUCACCUGAAGUGCCUCCAGUGAGUUGUGUAAUUGCAGAUGGCAUCAUGGGAUUUGCUGGAAGAGUGGCCAAGGAAUUGGGUAUUCAAGAGCUGCAGUUUUGGACAGCCUCUGCUUGUGGCUUCUUGGGACAUUUGCAAUACGAAGAGCUUGUUAGAAGAGGCUUUCUUCCAUUCAAAGAUGAAAAUUUCAUCAUUGAUGGCACCUUGGAAACAAGCUUAGAUUGGAUCUUUGGCAUGAAACACAUGCGACUUAAGGACAUUCCAAGCUUCAUUAGAGUCACAGAUCUAAAUGAUAUCAUGUUUGAUUUCAUGGGUUCUGAGGCACGAAACUGUUUGAAAUCAUCCACAAUCAUAAUUAACACAUUUGAAGAAUUGGAAGGUGAGGCCCUUGAUGCUCUUAGGGCAACAAACCCAAACAUAUACACUGUUGGCCCACUUCACUUGCUUGGAAAUCAUUUUCCCGAUAAAGAAAAAGGUUUCAAGGCAAGUGGGUCAAGUUUAUGGAAAAAUGACUUUGAGUGCAUGAAAUGGCUUGAUAAAUGGGAACUUUCCUCAGUGAUAUAUGUUAACUAUGGAAGCAUAACUGUUAUGAGUGAGCAUCACUUGAAGGAAUUUGCUUGGGGACUAGCAAAUAGCAAGGUACCAUUUUUAUGGAUAAUGAGGCCAGAUGUUGUGAUGGGUGAGGAAUCUGUAACUCUGCCACAAGAGUUCUUAGAUGAGAUCAAGGACAGAGGAUGCAUUACAAGUUGGUGUUUUCAAGAUCAAGUGCUUGUUCAUCCAUCAAUUGGGGUCUUUCUAACUCAUUGUGGUUGGAAUUCUACAUUAGAAUGUAUAUCUUCUGGUGUGCCUAUGAUUUGCUGGCCUUUCUUUUCUGAGCAACAAACAAAUUGCAGGUAUGCUUGCACAACAUGGGAAACGGGGAUGGAAAUUAACCAUGAUGUUAAGAGAGAGGAGAUAACAGGCCUAGUGAAUGAAAUGAUGAAAGGAGAAAAGGGGAAGGAAAUUAGACAAAAGAGUUUAGAGUGGAAGAAGAAAGCAACAAAAGCUACUGGUUUAGGAGGAUCAUCUUACGAUAACUUCCAUAAGUUAGUUAAAGAGGCUCUUCAUCACAAUACUAUCUGAGUCCAUUUUUACCAAGUCUAAGAUAUUUUGUUCAGGAAUACUUGAUGUUGCUUGUGACCUUUAUAGUUGAAGUGUUUUCAUUUGUAUUUUGAGUGAGUAUUCAUACUUGAAAAGAUUUGAAGCAUUGAAUUUUUUUUAUUUUAGCCAUAAAUAAGUUUUUAAUCCUUGUAACAUAUUCAA